GUAGAAACAAAAACAAACCCCACCCAAGAAAAAAAAGAAAAAAAAUUAAAGCUUAAAACCAAACCAAAGGUCUUCAUUCUGGGUUUUGGUUUGGUUUUUAGUUUUAUUAAUUAGUUUUCGAGUUUCGAGUUUCGGUUUCGUUUUUGUUUUCUCAUUUGUUGUCUUCUGUUUUCUGUUCCUGUUGUUUUCCACCAAGAAAGGAGUCAGGGUUCCUCUGCUGUUUCUAUAAAUCAUUUCUCAAUUCCCUUUCUUUUUUUUAGUCAGAUUCUGGAUUUUGAAAAAAAAAUUAAAAUCUUCUGUCUUCGGAUUUCCUCACGUUUUCUUAAAUCAUCGAUCGACGCCGACCUAGAACAAGAAUAAAACGAGGAACAAACAACCUCUGAUUGUCGAAUUAACUAGAAACCAAAAGCAAACGCGUAAAGAAAUCAUGGGUUCUGAACAGAAUGAAGGAACUAGCUUCCCUCCAUCGGAGCCAAAACUUUGUGCCAACGGCUGUGGGUUUUUCGGCACGGCGGCGAAUAUGAACCUCUGUUCCAAGUGUUACCGUGACCUCCGUGCCGGGGAGGAGCAAGCUGCCAAGGCGAAAGCUGCCAUGGAGAAAUCCCUCAGCGUUAAUACGAAGCAGGAAGAUGUCGUUGACGAGACUGUGAAGCCUGUUCUUGAGCUUCCUCAUGUGGGUUCCUCAUCGACGGUGGUCGAGAUACAACCGGCUGCUAUUGUCUCCGAUGAUAAACCGGCGGAAUCCAAGGCGGCGAACAGGUGCUUUAUCUGCAGAAAGAAGGUUGGAUUGACCGGGUUCAAGUGCAAGUGCGGAAGUACAUUCUGCGGCGAGCAUCGUUACCCGGAAAAACAUGAGUGCUCCUUUGAUUUCAAGGGUACUGGACGUGAUGCGAUUGCCAAAGCAAAUCCCGUCGUUAAAGCUGACAAGGUUGAGAGGAUUUAAAGAAGUAUUAGUGGGUUUUCCACUUGGUUCUUUGAAUGGAUUUCCCUUUUCUUUUCUUUUUUUGUUUCUCUAUCGGGGAUCAGUUAGGUUUAGGAUAACAGGAAAAAUUGCGGGGUGUUUUGAUGUCGUUGCGUUAGUGUCGGGGCAGCUUUGUUUGAUUCCAUAAUAAAAAAUGGUAUCAAUGAAUGUUUAGCUUUCAGUUUUUACUUGGAA